UGCGCACCUAACUUGCAGUAGCCAUGGCUGCAGUGAGGGUUUUAAAGUGCACCACCAUUCAUUAAUACACACCGGUAGUUCAUUCCGUUCGGUGUAAACACCUAUCGCUAUUGACCAAGACACACUGUCACCUGCUGACUGGGAGCAGACGGGAUUUCAUUUGGCACCGAAGCUGUUGUAAGCUCCUACAGGAUAUUUUACUAAAUCGUCUUUUCUGGAAGUUUUUCCCCAACACCUCUCGGAAUGCUCCACAAACAGAUUCAAAGAACGUCAGGUGGAUUUCUCCGUCAAGAUGAAUAUCUUCCUACACUUCCGAAGUUGUUCAAGAGACUACGGGGGCAUUAUGUCGGUUCUGGGGUCGGACUCCUGGUGGAAGAAGACCCUGUACAUCACCGGGGGGGCCCUGCUGGCUGCUGCAGCCUACCUACUGCAUGAGCUGCUCGCCAUCAGGAAAGAGCAGGAGUUGGACUCUAAAGACGCCAUCAUCCUCCAUCAGUUCUCCAGGCCAAAGAACGGCGUGCCCAGCCUCUCACCCUUCUGCCUCAAACUGGAGACGUACCUGCGCAUGGUGGACCUGCCCUACCAGAACUACUUUGAUGGGAAGCUGUCGCCGCAGGGUAAGAUGCCGUGGAUCGAGUACAACCACCAGCAGGCGUCAGGUUCAGAGUUCAUCGUGGACUUCCUGGAGGAGAUGCUGGGAGUUAACCUCAACGUAAACCUCACCCCUGAGGAGAGAGCCGUGUCCCGAGCUAUCACCACCAUGGUGGAGGAUCACCUGUACUGGACGAUAGCCUACUGUCAGUGGGUGGACAACGUAGAUGAAACGCAGAAGCUUCUGUCGAUGACCGGCCCCCUGAGCGACACCCUGAAGUGGCUGCUGAGCCACAUGAACGGCAGCAUGGUGCGCAGGGAGAUGUACGGCCAUGGCAUCGGACGCUUCUCUAAGGAGGAGGUCUACACACUGAUGGAGAAGGACAUGAGGACGCUGGCCACACUGUUAGGAGAUAAAAAAUACUUCAUGGGCUCUAAGAUGUCCACAUUAGAUGCUACAGUGUUUGGGCAUCUAGCCCAGGCUAUGUGGACUCUUCCUGGGACACGACCAGAACAACUCAUCAAAGGAGAGUUGAUCAACCUGGCCAUGUUCUGCGAGCGGAUGCGGAGGAGGUUCUGGCCCGAGUGGUUUGUGGAGGUGGAAGAUUUUUAUUUUGAAGGAGAGAGUGAGAGCAGUGGCUCCCCUACAGGCCUGCUGGACUUUGGCCUCUUCUCCAGGACUAACACUCUUGACGACAGCGACGCCAGCAGCCACUCAGGCGGACACUCACACACGCACUCGCCCAAAUCUGACCACUCACUCUUUGACUCGGACGUGGGCACGGGAUCCGAAAAUGACAUUCAGCUUAAGGAGGAGUUAAUUCCCGACCUUGAGGUUUGACCUGAGGAUGGUCGUGAUUGGCUGACAGGAGACGAUGCAUAGUUAGUUUUAAAAAUCUGGACAGGUUGCCAGACUCUCACGGCUGAAGAAAUGACUCCUCAACCUCUGAUACCCAAAAUAAUUAACCUUCCUGAUGGACCCCCUGGGUAUUAAUAUGCAGUGCAUACAAACUGAACCCCAUAACACUAAUACUGUAUGCUUUGCCCCUUCCUGUAACAUCAGAACUGUCCCCGCGGCAGUUCCUCUUUGCCUUAUUUGUCUCAUCCUAAGACGCAGAAGCUGGUGCGAAAGGUUAACACGGAAGAAAUGUCUCAUCGAGUGAAAAAUGUGAUGUCGACCAAGGAGCGGUGUAUUCAUGACAGGCGGCACCUCACUUGCUAUGAAACGAUGCAACUAAUCACCACUCCGCCACGUGUCCUAACGCACAAACCCACUGAAACAGGUGGAGAUCGAUCAUGUGACUGACAGGAACAGCUGCCGUUAACCAUCUGUGUGCGAGAGAGGAAACACAGAUGAGUCUGUGCUGUAGAUUGAUCCUCGUGUCAUUCCCUUUGUGCUACUGUAUGUGGGAAGAAAACAUGACCUCCAUCAAACCACAACCUUAGUAGUAGUCCAAUGGAAUAGAAACAAGAAUGAAAAAGAAGCAGUUUUGUGCCUGUGAUUUAAUGGGUAUUAUCCUUAUUUCUCCCGAUUUAGUUAUUAUUUGCUUGCACUUUGUUGUUGGAGGAAAUCCGAUUAUUGAUUUUAAAAUCUUCUUGAUUUCAGCAAAACGCUGUAGUUGGUAUAUUUCACCACUAGAUGGAGUCAGUAGUCAGCCUGUGUUUAUUCUGGAACAACAAGGUCAUUCCAACCUGCCAAUAACACAGCAGGAAUUCCUCCUACAGUCCAAAACUUUAAUGUUUCAUUCAUAAAAACUUGUCAGCCUGCAAGUUAAAUAUGUAUGCAUACUUACAAAUCAGCCUUAGUUCUUUCAGACUAAAGAAAUGGGGGAAUAUAGUCUGCAGCAGUUUUUUCUUGUGAUAUAAUUUAUUAUCAGUGCCACUUUAUUAUUUCUAUAUGAUCCAAUGUGUCAAAUGUAUAUAUUUUUUGUUAAACUUUGUUUUCUUAUUGCUCUCAAAGAGAGACUUUAUUUUGCACUAGUGGAAAUGUAUUUUCACCUUAUGUUAAUGGGAGCAAUCUGGAGGAAGGCAGAGGACAGUGUAAGACAAUUGAAUGGGAAAUGUGUAUAUCAGCAGUACAGGACGCUGGGUGUCUGGAUCAUGAUUGUGUAUGUGAGAUUUACUGUGUGUGAAUGUCAGGUGAUAAAGUCAGAAUACCAAAUCAACUGAACAUUGCUAGUCUAAAAACGAGCAAAACUGGGUAUUUAAUGGACCAAAAUGUCUCGGGAAGCAUUUACUUUUGUCUGUAAAGUGCUCGUAAUGGCAAUAUGAUUGCUGUAAAAAGAAUGUGGUGCGUUUAGAGUAGAUGCAACUAAUGUUUAAAAGAGUCAGUUCACCCAAAUAAAGAAAAACGUCCUUACUUUAAGCAUCCAUGCCAUGCAGAUAGUUUUGUUUUUAUUUGUACAUGUUUUAAGAUGUACUGUAUGUGUCUAUAGGAUUGCUGCCUCAACAGUUUUUACAAGUGCAGCCUGUACAAUUUAGUUGAUUAAUAACUAUUGUAUUUAUUGUGUUAGUCUUGCAGCCCUUCUAAUUUGAGGAUUUCAUUCUCAAUUUCAUAACAUUAAAGAGGCCCUAUUAUGCUUUUGGGGGGGCUUCCCUUCCUGGUGUGUGGUAUAUAGGUUUGUGUGCAAGUAAAUAGUCUGCAAAGGCUAAACUCUCAAAGUUCAGAGGGAGUAUCUCCCCCACACAAGCCCCCCUCUCGCGCUUUUUUCAUGUGAUUUGCCUAGGGGCGGGACAUCUCUUAGCGGUUGACCAAUCACAACUGAGUCGGCCAGCUAACCAAUCAGAGCAGAGUGGGCUCUGGUUUCAGACCGAGGAUGAAAAUACCUUUUUGAACAUUAAAGCAUGGAAACACGUCAAAAUAUGAACCUGAAAAUGACAAUAAUAGGGCCCUCUUACGUAACAGUUUCAAUGGAGGACUUCUGUGUGGUUUUUGUACUUAAACUAAUCAAAUCUGAAUACUUCCUACAUUACUGAUGACUAGUUAGUGACCAUAAUGGAUCAUUUAUCUGCAAAAAAGGGAGACUCCUCAGGAGCCGGUGGAGGGCAAAAAGCAAUAGCAAAAAAAUAGAAGUAUAUAGAUAAUACAAUAUCAUCAGGUGGCAAGAAACACGCAUUCGAAUGAAUGCUAAUGUUGCUCUGUGUCUGCUAGAUGUAACUGUUUGCUAACAAGUUCUUCAUGUGAAUUUCAAAAUAAGACUGUCUGCAUGGCUAUACCACUUGGGAUAGCUUUUAGCAGUUUGGGUGAACUGCAAAUGAAAAGCCUGAUAGGUGAGUUAGUGACAGAAGGCCAGAGCUUGAUACUUAGAUUCCUGAGACAACCUUCUUCCAUUGGGUCGACCCACCCCCUCCGGACUGUGCGAUUUGCACUCGCCUCAUCUAGUUGGGUCAUCAUAUACAGUUUGACCACUUUAAUCAAGCCAUAUUAAAAGUAACUGUCUUGUUAUUGGAACAUGUCAUAGCAUUACUGCUGGGUUAAUGUACAUAUUGUAUGUGUGACAAAGUGUACCAUACUGUGUGUAGAGCUGACUGACUGAUCAAACUGGCUGUGCAGUCAUAAAGGACAGAGCGACUGGGUGAUUUCAAUAAAGAAUAGCUGUGACAAUUUUAAA